UGUGGUGGGUGAAGAUGUAGGCUGAGGAUGGUCGCGUCAGGCGUGUGUGGGAACCCGAGCCGCCCCCAGGAUCCACAGCGUCCGAGCCAGGCUCCCUGACAGUUUGGGACGCGAGCCCCCCUUGGAGACCUUGAAACUUCGACAGGUCGUUAGCAUGGGGACACGGGCUAAGGAGGAAAAGGUGUAUGCCCACUAGUGCGUUAACAGGCAGCCUAGGCACACGGGUGAUGGCCGGAUCCUGGCGACGCCUCAUCUCUUGUUCUAUUGGUCGCAAAAUGGACAAUUGAUGAUAGGGCACACUAAUCUCUAAGCAUACUGGACAAAAUAUCUCAUCAGCUGUUCAAACUUUCAGAGAGCCUGAAAUUGUGCCUUACUUGAAUGCAUCAGAAGUGAAAGUCCUGAAGGCCCAACAGGAUGUGAAGCCCAGAGAUGAGCAGUAACUACUGCAACAACGUGUCAGUGAGCAUGAGCGUCAACGAGGUGUCCACCUUUCCUCUGACUCUGGAACAAAAAACCGGCUUUGCCUUUGUAGGAAUCCUGUGUGUCUUUUUGGGACUUCUGAUUAUCAGAUGCUUCAAAAUCUUAUUAGACCCUUAUAGCAGUAUGCCAUCCUCCACAUGGGAGGAUGAGGUCGAAGGGCUGGAUAAGGGGACAUUUGAAUAUGCUCUUGCAUGAAAAAUCCUAAACGAAUACCCUGCCUUAAUUCUGAUAUUUUUCAUGGGGGCGGGGAGGGGGGGAUCCUAGUAUGGAGGCAUUUGUAAUAGACACCUAUGUUUUGAAGAUAUGGUGGUGACGUCUUUUUGUUAAAUAAAGCUUUA